AAAGUUGACAAAUCCGAAGCAGUGAGGAGCAGAUAGACAUAUGAGCACAUACGUGCAUAUUAAGUGUUGAAUACUUCAACUGACCUUGCCUUCUAUUGCUGUCCGGACCUUACGAUAUGCUGAGAUGAACUGUAAGAAGUAGGGUCUGAAUAUGAAGGACGACCCCUCAAUUUGUACAAUAUGUGACUUGAGUUCUUCGGGUUUAUGGUGUGUAUAUGAUAGGUGUGGCAAGUGCUGGAGAUACAUGAGUCUGUCCUGGAACAUCCAAGAAUUAUUCAGAACUAAUAAUAGGCCAGACGCAAUGUAAGGCAGAACCCGUCCAAUACUGAUAAUUUAUUAACAGCGUGUUAAGACACCUACUGAGUGCUCUUCGAGGUUCAACUCGUAAUCUUCCAAUUAUACUGAUAUCACAAUAUGUCUUAUACUACCAAUGGGAUCUUGUGUAGUACGUUACUUAGCUCGGGGUGUGCCAGUCUAACUUGAUAUAAUGACAAUAAGAUGACUCUUAAAACAGUAUAGUAUAGAAAAUAUAAGAGAAGAUCGGUCCUCUUU